UAUGUUGCCUCCCCUAGAGUUUCCUCUGUAUCCUGAGGGCGUCUGGCCUUUAAAUUGAGCCAUCUGUUAAACCAUGUGCUGGCUUAAAGGGGGAAAGAUGAAGGAACGGAUGGAGAGUAAGAAGGAAAGCUCUCUGAGGAAGACGGCUCUUUAGUUUGGCUUUUUAUCCUCCCGUCUACGGCAGUGCCUGGAAUACGGCUGACCUAGAUCAGUACUCACGGGAGUGGAUGGGGUGGGAUGAUGGUGACACAGACUCCGUUUGGUAAAAGUUCAUGGAUUCUCGUAGGCUUCUAUGGUUUUUGUUGGGUUGUUUCCAGUCUGAUUUGGGUUAGAGAUGUUUAAUAAACCCUACAGAGACCUCUACGUAUGUAUGUGGGGAAGUGAAGAGGAAGAUUAGGUUAUUUGGGGGAGAAACAGGGCCACGCUUGUCCCUGAGGGGGCCUGACUGUGGGCGGCCUCCCUUCCUCCCUGGGGCAGGCUACCGGUGACAAGACAGCCAAGGUUCUGGUUCAGCGACUCCCACCAGCCCCUGCCGGUCCCAGCAUCCGCCUCGACGACGGAGACACCCAGAGGAGCGAGAGUCCGACUCGCCAUGCAGCAGGCCCCUUUCCCCCUCAUCCUCCUCUUUCUGUUCCUCACUCCACAGGUUGCUGAGCCCCAAGACCUCCUGAGAGUGGAGGUGGAAGAGGGAAGGAAUGCGGUGCUGCCCUGCCUGACCAGCCCCAGCGACAGCUCCUUCAAGCCCAUCACCUGGUCCGGAGGAGGGCAGCUGGCCUCUUUGCAGCAACUCACCCUGAAAGGCCCAGGCGUGGGGGCCCAGGUGGGACCCGUGAACAUCUCCCUUUUCAUCUCCAACAUCUCAGCCGAGUCUGGGGGCUUCUACCUCUGCGAAAGGGAACCACCCACAAGGCCAGAGGCGAAGUUGGGGGCUGCCGUCAGUGUCCAGGGCAGUGGUGAACUGUUCCAGUGGAAUGCUACUGGCCCCGUGGGCUGUGGUCUCAGCUCCACCGUACCUGCUAGCCUUUCCAGAUCCCGGCCCCCUCCUGAUCCUUCUACUCAGCUCUAUGUCUGGGCUGGAGACAGACCUGAGCUGUGGGAUCCCUUCACUCCCUGUACGGAUCAGAACCAAACACAGGAUACUGUGGAACUGACAUUGGCCCCUGGAUCCCCGCUCUGGCUGUCCUGCGACCACCCCCCAAACUCCUUGACCCGGGGCCCCAGCUCUUGGGUUCACUGGCGUCCUGGGAAAAACACUUCCCUCCUGAGCUUGGACCUGGGAAGGGGCCUCCCAGCUCGGGAGUUCUGGGUUCUAGGCACGCGAGGGGAAGGUGCCCUGCUCAUUCUGCCAGAGGUUGUUCCCCAGGAUGCGGGCUCCUACAGCUGUCGAAGUGGCAACCUCACGAUCAGCAUCCAGCUGAAAGUCAUCCCCCGGUCAGUGUGGCACUGGCUCUUGGGAGCCGGAGGCUGGAAGGUUCCAGUCAUUGCUCUGACUUAUGUGUCCUUCUGUCUGGGCACUCUGGUUGGGUUCCUCCAAGUUCAGAAAGCCCUGCUCUUACUGAGAAAAAGGAAGCGGAUGACCGAUCGCACUGGGAGGUUCUUCAAAGUGACAUCUCCAGGAAAUGAAGGCCAGAGUCAGUAUGGGAAUGUGCUACCCAUGUCUGGGAUGGCAACCCCUGGAAAUGUUCGGACCCUGAAAUGGACCCCUGGUUUUGGAGGAGUCACUCCAUCCCUUGGGAACCCAUACCAAAGGGACAAAGACACAGGAAUCACUGGGCAGGAGGAAGAGGAAGAAGGGGAAGGUUAUGAGGAGCCAGAUGGUGAAGGGGCUUCUGUGGCCUAUGAAAAUAGCCAGGACCAGAUCUCCCAAGAUGGCUGGGGCUAUGAGAAUGAGGAGAAAGGAAGGAUGGCUGCUGAGGAAAUGGAGGAUGAUGAUUCCUUCUCCACUGCAGAGUCUUAUGAAAACGAGAACAAGGAAAUGGUUCCACCUGUCUACACAACAACAGGUUUCCUGUUCCCCAAAGGACCUGUCUGGGAUGCCUGCCGGGAGGUUUCUUCCCUUGCAGGGUCUCAGUCAUAUGAGGACAUGAGAGGGAUCCUCUAUGCUGCCCCUCAGAUCCGGAACCUCCAUCCCCAGCCUGGUCCAAGUCAGGAGGAAGAUGGUGACUCCUAUGAGAAUAUGGAGAAUCCAGAAGAGGCUGGUCCAGAAUGGGAGGCUGGGGGUUGGGCCCCGACCUGGAACAAUAGGUCAUAGAGACACCACCCCAAUUUAGCGUUCUUUUGAUGCUUAGGCUCUCUCUCUGGGGUGACUAAGGCCUAAUCUUGUUCAGAAUGUGUGUAUAUGUGUGUGAGUAUGUGCCCAUUAUCCCUUAUCGUCCUCAAUAAAAUCCUCAGGUUCCUAAUUCCAAAAAACUAUGAUUGUGUAUUGGAGAGGGGGUGGAUAAUGGAAUGGAAGCAAAGAAUGUGUCUCUAGUUUCCCGAGUGGUCUCUGAAAAUCCAUCAUCUUAGAUCAAAUCAUUUCUUCUUGGGGAGAAGCUUCUUCAGCACACUUCCAGA